AGAAGAAGACGAAGCUAACGGACUAGCAAGCGGACAACUUUUGGAAGGUUCAAUUGUGUUCGAUGUGUCCUGUCUCUCGUCAGCUGGAAUAGACGCCAGCCGACUUGUGAUAAUGAGGACAAACGCUUUAGGAAAGGAGUUAAUGGAUGGAUCGAUAUGAUAACAGUGAGAUUUAUUUAAGGGUACAACUAAUCAUUAUUUUGUUAUUUCUGAAAAUGCACAAGCCUAACACGAAGAUGAUUCAGUCGCUGUUCUGAGAGAAAUUCAUUGAAAUGUUAGCCAUUGUUUUCCAGUGUAAAAGUAGUGUUUGUCACGCCUUUUUUGUUGUUACAGAAUUCAUCAGGAGGACGACAGAAGUAGAAGAUUGACUGUUGAGAGGCUGACGUUUUGAGGAUUUGGACAAUUUUAAAUUCAACAAGGAGAUGUCAGCAGAUACCAAGAUCGCCGAACUGCUCACUGAACUUCACCAGCUCAUCAAACACACGCAGGAGGAGCGGUCACGCAGCGAACACAACCUGCUCAACAUCCACAAAACCCAUGAGAGGAUGCAGACGGAAAACAAAACGUCGCCGUACUACCGCAACAAGCUGAGAGGACUUUACACCACCGCCAAAGCCGAUGCGGAGGCUGAGUGUGGGAUCCUGCGUCGCGCUCUGGACAAAAUCGCGGAGAUCAAGUCGUUACUGGAGGAGCGAAGGAUCGCCGCUAAGAUGGCCGGCGUUUAUAGCGACAGCGACCCCCCCAGGAAGACCAUGCGGCGCGGCGUUCUCAUGACUCUCCUCCAGCAGUCAGCCAUGACGCUGCCGCUCUGGAUUGGCAAGCCCGGCGAAAGCCCGCCCCCUCUGUGCGGGGCCACGCCCGCCAGCGGCGACUACGUGGCCAAGCAGGGAGACAAGGUGGCGGCCAGGGUCAAAGCGGUGGACGGAGACGAGCAGUGGAUCCUGGCUGAGGUCGUCAGCUACAGCCACGCCACCAACAAGUACGAGGUGGACGACAUCGACGAAGAAGGCAAAGAGCGACACACUCUGAGCAGACGUCGCAUCAUCCCGCUGCCGCAGUGGAAGGCCAACCCCGAGACGGACCCCGAGGCGCUCUUCAGCAAAGACCAGCUGGUGCUCGCCCUCUACCCGCAGACCACCUGCUUCUACCGCGCCCUCAUACACGCUCCGCCACACAGGCCCCAGGACGACUACUCGGUGCUGUUUGAGGACACGUCGUACGCAGACGGCUACUCGCCGCCUCUCAACGUGGCUCAGCGCUACGUGGUCGCCUGCAAGGAGAACAAAAAGAAGUAAAAGCCAAGUGGACACAAGAUACCGCCGCACGUCACCUUGGCCUCAAGCCGCAUUGUGGCCAAUCAAGGAACUGCAUCUUGCCAAAAAGAAGCUUUUUGUUUUAAGAUAGGAUAACCAUACCCGUCAACCUCGGCUAAUAGCUGCCCUCAUAAAUGAUUACAAAUCCCCUUACCAAGCAACAAAAACCCGUACAACGGCUUACCGCGCAUGCGCACAUCAUGCUUUAUCAAUCCGACCGUACGCAGCGAUGAAAAAAAAUAUACGAUUGAGGAUUACUUUUGCUGGUUUGCCGUGACAAUAGUAGCGGUCAACGACGACUUUGUUGUUGGUUACCAGCAGGUGAGACGAUCUGGAUUUGAGCCAAAAUGGUCUUUGUGAGAUCGGUUCACAACUGGGGGGUUUUUUGUUUUGUUUUGUUUUUUUCGUAUAAAGGUACGAACAGGGACAUGCACUACUGGAGAGGCAGCCACUCGGGGUGUUUUGGUCAUGUUUAAAAUACUAUGGUAUAUUAAAUGUGUGCAUGAAAUAUUAAGAUUGUACAUAGUGAAAACUGUUUGAAUUGUUUUAACAUUAAAGGGU